GUAAGUGGGGACAGUGAAAAGGAAGUGAAUCUCAAGGCCAAAGUUCAAGAUGUCACGAUGGCCAAUGGAUUCCCUGGGCUACCAGCUGCUGUAGUUCAACAGGAAGAGGAAAAAACCCUGGUGAAGGAGACAAGGAUGGCAACUCCAGCUCAACAGAAGGGCAAUCCUCAUGGCCAGCAGAUCUCCCUUUAUGUGAAGGCCGGCAGUGAUGGAGAGAGUAUCGGGAACUGUCCGUUCUCGCAGAGACUCUUCAUGAUCCUCUGGCUGAAAGGAGUCAUCUUCAAUGUCACCACUGUGGACCUCAAGAGGAAACCGGCGGAUUUGCAGGAUCUUGCUCCAGGAACCAAUCCGCCAUUCAUGACCUUCAACGGAGAGGUGCUGGUGGACGUCAACAAGAUUGAGGAGUUUCUUGAGGAACGACUGGUCCCACCACGAUACCCAAAGUUGGCUGCAAAGCAUCCAGAAUCCAACACAGCAGGAAUAGAUGUGUUUGCCAAGUUUUCUGCCUACAUCAAGAACCCUCGUAAAGAAACUAAUGAGGGUCUGGAGAAGGCUCUUCUGAAGUCUCUAAAGAGGUUGGAUGAGUAUUUGCAGACGCCGCUGCCCGAGGAAAUAGAUGCAGACAGCGCAGAAGAUCCUGGUGCAUCUACACGCAGUUUUUUGGAUGGACCAGAUCUCACGCUGGCUGACUGCAAUCUGCUGCCCAAGUUGCACAUCAUAAAGAUUGUUGCCAGGAAGUACAGAUGUUUUGAGAUUCCUGCUGAUAUGACUGGGAUUUGGAGGUAUUUGAAUAACGCCUACCAGAGAGAGGAGUUCAUGAACACCUGUCCUGCUGAGCGCGAGAUCGAGUUUGCUUACCUGGACGUCGCCAAAAAGAUCAAAUAGUUCAGGAUGACGAGACAAGCUCUGCUAUAGCUCCAUUACAUGCUUGUGUGUGUGUCGUAUAUAUGUGUGUAUGUGUGUGCGCUCACUGGUGGAGAUGCAUUAAUACUGUGCAGUAGAUUGGCACCCAUUUUCUUUCAAUCAAUGGCAGGACCAGAAAAAAUCAGUUACUAUUAUGUUACUAUUAACAGCUUUUUGUAAGUAUCUAUCUAUCUGUCUUCAUGAAUGAUAUAAAUAGACUAGAUAUUGUAUAGUCAAGAUGUUCACCAAGGCCUUGAACAAAUCUCAUAAUCACUUUUAAUCUAUUGAUCUCUAUUUUUCUUUCUAUUUUUGGCAUUUUCUAAUUUCUUCUUCCGGUCAGGUCAGUAUAUUUACAUUUUCCUAUUUACAAUAUAUAUAACUCAAGUUUAUUUUACAGUAUGUUUAAUGAAACCAUCCUUUUGUAUCAUCACAUGAGGCUAUUUUCCACACGUUUAUAAUUAUAUUUUCUUGGUCAUUGUUUUUAUCUUUUGUGGUUCUUCAUUUAUAUUUGAUAGUUUUUUUUUGUUUUUGUUUUUAUUUUAUCUAUGCACAUAACUUAUUAAAAUGCGCUAUUUAUGCAACUAUGUAACCUUGCAUGAAUGCCUUAUGAAGCCCUGACGAGACUUUAAUUAAACUAAUCAGAUUUCAUCAUUAA